CGAGGCACAUCACUUCCCAGAAUUCCUCUUCCCAGCCAGCUGCCAAUCACAGUGUCCAAAAUGAUGCGCCGCCUGACUUCCGCCCUCCUGCUGGGCGCUACAGCUUGUGCCUUGCCGUUCGCGGAGAUCUACGAGCGCCAGAACACCUCUGACUGCUCCCUCAAGGACACCUACCCGGCUGUAGACUUCGCCAAGCUACCGGACCCGUUCACCUUCCAAGAUGGCAAGAAGGUCGCUAGCAAGGCUGACUGGACUUGCCGUCAGCAAGAGAUCAGCAAGCUCUUGCAACAAUACGAGCUAGGCGUGUACCCCCCGCCACCUGACAAAGUCGAGGCUUCGCUAUCCGGAAGCACAUUAUCCGUCAAGGUCACAGUCGGCUCCAAAUCCGUAACAAUCAACGCCUCGAUCAAGAAGGCUAGCACCAGCCCCGGCCCGGCUAUCGUCACCAUCGGUGGCUCUUCGUUGCCCAUCCCCGGUACCGUCGGCACCAUCGGCUUCAACAACGACCAAUUCGCCUCGCAGGCGUCCGGAAGUUCCCGCGGACAGGGUGCUUUCUACACACUCUUCGGAAACACCCACACUGCCGGUGCUUUGACCGCGUGGGCUUGGGGUGUCGACCGUCUCAUUGACGGUCUCGAGCAGCUUGGCGCCGACAAAACUGGCAUUGACCCCAAGAGGCUCGGAACCACGGGUUGCUCCCGAAACGGGAAGGGUGCUUUCAUCGUCGGUGCCCUCGCCAACCGUAUUGCUCUUACUCUUCCUCAGGAGUCCGGUUCCGGUGGUGCUGCCUGCUGGCGUAUCUCCGACGAUGAGCACAGCAAGGGCAAGAACAUCCAAACCGCCGGCGAAAUCGUCGGUGAGAACGUGUGGUUCAGCAAGAACCUAGACGCCUACACUUCCAAGACUAACACCAUGCCCGAGGACCACCACUUCUUGGCCGCUCUUGUCGCCCCCCGUGGUCUCCUAUCUUUCGAGAACGACAUCGACUGGUUGGGCCCCGUCAGUACAACUGGUUGCAUGAAGGCUGGUCGUCUCAUCUACAAGGGUCUCGGCGUACCUACCAACAUGGGUUUCUCCCUCGUUGGUGGCCACAGUCACUGUCAAUUCCCUUCUUCUCAGCAAUCCGAGCUUACUGCCUACAUCAACUACUUCCUUCUCGCUGGCACGACGGCGCCUCCCGAGGUCGAGAAGAGCAGUGCGACCGUGAGCGUUGCCGACUGGGCUCCUUGGGAGGUCCCCACUCUUGCCUAAGUAGAACGAUACUCCGCGGCUAUCUACCUAUAAAAAGGUUAAUGAACCGGAUCCCAUGUAUAUAGUUGAAUCUUGUACCAGCGAGUAGCGGGCUUGAUAGUUUAACGCGAAAUUACCAUGAAGAAAA